AUGUCAUUUAAUAAUGACGGUUGUACAACUCAUCAUUUCGGAAAUCUUAUGAAGCAUGUUUUUAAAUUUUAUUCAGACAAAGUGACAAAAAAAGGAAAACCACAAGGAAGUGAAUUUACAAUUUUUGCAGCUCUCGUUUUAGUGGAUUGCUCUAAUAAUUCAAUCCCACAAGAAAAGAAAUUCAUUGUCUGCUCGAUUGGUACAGGUACAAAAUGUAUCGGACAUGACUUGAUUGAGAAGGAUAUCAAUAAUGGAUAUUUACUUCAUGAUUGUCAUGCUGAAGUUAUGGCAAGGAGAAGUUUUAUGAAAUUUAUGUACAAUUUAAUGGAGAGUGGAAAGUGUUCGGAAUAUUUUGAUUGGGUAGAAGAAGUGGAGAGGUGGAAAUUGAAGAAUAAUUUUGAAUUAUACAUGAUAUUAACAGAAUUGCCAUGUGGGGAUUGUUCAAUUGUUAAUUCUCCUAGUACUGUCAGUAGUGGAAGUGAAACUAUUGAACAAAACAGCCAGGCAAAUAAUGAAGAACAGCUCAACAAGUCUGAAAAUAACCAAAAACAAAGAAAGAAGGUAAUACUGGAAGGUAGAACUGGUUCUAAAAUUAUUCAUAACGAUUCAUGCACUCAUGAAAAGUUUGGAGAGGAUCAAACUAUCAAUCUAGUUCGUCUAAAACCUGGAGGAGGCUCAAGAAAUCAGAGCAUGUCCUGCAGUGACAAGAUUACAAAGUGGAAUGUUGUAGGAAUUCAAGGAUCAUUAUUAUCAAACUUUUUUGAACCAAUUUUUGUUGACAAAUUCUUAAUAUUGUUGAGUGAAAAAUCUAAAUUGGAUUUGGAACUCACACAACAACGAUUGAAUCAAUCAAUUGUUGAUAGAGUUGACCAAUUAAGUACCAAGACUCCUUCGUUUUACUUAUUUAAGGAAGGUGUAUCGAAUAUUCCACAUUUCUCUGAUAGAGCUUCAGAAACAAAGAUAAAAGGCAGUGGAUAUAGUAUAGGAUCUUACUUGAAUUUAGCACAGGAAAAUCAAUCUCAUGUUGAGGAAGUUGUUAUUGGUAUGAAAGGUCACAAACAAGGAACAACCAAGAAGGAUGAAAAUACUCCAAAAGCAGCCACUCAACUAUCUAAACACAUCUUCUUUAAAUCCUUCAUUAAUUGUAUUAAAAGAAAGGAACUGAGUGCAGAACUGGCUCAACUAUUGGAAAACAAGGAACCAAACAUGAAAACAUACCACGAAAUUAAAAAGAGAGAAUCCACCUACGUUAUCAAAUUGAAUACUAUGAAAUCUCAACCACCAUUUGAUAAGUGGAUAAUAAAAAAAAAUAUUUAG